UCGAAAGGAGCCCCAAAGCCAAAAGCUGAAAGCGGGUGACAUACUUUUGCAGCACCCUUUUCUUCUUUUUGACUCUGGGCUGAGUGGACCAUGGAACCGUUGCAAAUACCAAUUAAUCUGGUGCCGAAAAUACAGGCUGUUCAAGUGUUCAACUACUCUGCCUUCACCAGUAAUCAAAACGAGCUUUCGAACUCUUCUUCACAGUUACAAUCUCGGUUCAUAAGCAUAUACUCGAAGCCCCUGCAUAUAUGGUCCUGUCCAUCCUCUGAAAGAGCAGUAUAAUAUGGCACAGAGAAGAGAGAAUAUUGUUCUUUUCCCCUUCAUGAUGCAAGGCCAUAUCAUCCCUUUCCUGGCUUUAGCCCUCCACAUAGAACAAAGAACGAACCACUCCAUUACCUUUGUCAACACCCCUCUCAACAUCAAGAAGCUCAGGUACUCUCUCCCUCCUGAAUCCUCCAUUAACCUUGUUGAGAUCCCCUUCUGCAGCUCCGACCAUGGUCUCCCACCCAAUACCGAGAACACCGACACCCUUCCCUACCACCUCGUCAUUCGCCUCCUUGAAGCUUCUGUCUCUCUCGAACCAGCUUUCAAGAAACUCAUCCAGAAUCUCAUCGAAGAGCAACAAGGCCGUCCCCCGCUUUGCAUCAUCGUCGAUAUUUUCUUUGGAUGGGCUGCAAACGUCGCCAGAGAGCUUAACGUGUUCCAGGCAAUCUUCAGCGGCGCAAGCGGGUGCGGCUUGGCCUACUACUAUUCCCUUUGGAUGAACCUUCCGCACAGGAAGGUCGAUUCCGAUGAGUUUUCGUUGCCUGAUUUUCCAGAAGCUUCAAGAGUUCAUAUUACACAGUUGCCAACAAAUAUACUUGAAGCUGAUGGUAGAGAUGCUUGGUCCGUCUUUCAGAAGAAGAAUCUUUCUGGGUGGAUGAAAUCUGAUGGGAUAUUGUUCAACACUGUGGAGCAAUUUGACCAUAUUGGAUUGUCGUACUUUAAGAACGAACUUGGCCGGCCUGCCUGGUCGAUUGGACCGGUGCUGUUAUCUGCGAAAAACCGAUCACCUUUUGGUAAGGAAGGUGGCGUUAGUCCGGAGCUUUGUAUCGAAUGGCUGAGUACAAAACCUCUGAAUUCUGUUUUGUACGUGUCUUUUGGGUCGAUGAAUACGAUCUCUGCAAAACAGAUGAUGCAGUUGGCUACGGGGUUGGAGGCUAGUGGCAAGAAUUUCAUCUGGGUUGUUAGGCCACCAGUUGGUUUUGACAUAAACUCGGAUUUCAAUGCCAACGAAUGGUUGCCAGAAGGAUUCGAAGAGAGGAUCAAGAAUUCAGGAAGGGGAUUACUGGUGCAGAAAUGGGCACCCCAGGAGGAAAUUUUGAGCCACAAGUCUGUUCGUGCAUUUUUGACCCAUUGUGGGUGGAAUUCAGUGCUCGAAGCUCUUAGUCACGGCGUGCCAAUGAUUGGAUGGCCGAUGGCAGCGGAGCAGUUUUUCAACGUCAAGUUGCUGCAGGAACAAGUUGGAGUUUGUGUGGAGUUAGCUAGGGGGAAGAGCUGUGAGAUUAGACACGAAGAUAUAGUUUCAAAAAUUCAGUUGGUGAUGAACGAGACAAAGGAAGGGAACGAAAUGAGAAGGAAAGCUUCUCAAGUGAUGAAGAUCACAAGGAAUGCCAUGAAAGAUGAGGAAGGUUUCAGGGGGUCUUCCAUCAAAGCAAUGGACGACUUUUUCAGUGCUGCAGAGUCCAAGAGGCAGCAGACCGAGAGCGAAAAUAAUGUUGCAUUGUUGCCGUUUGAUUCAAGCAGAAACAACAACACUAGUGCUAUGUAUCGUCAUAUUUAGCUAAUUGCAGUUUGACUACGUUUGAGGUUCAAAUAUUUACCCCCAUGUGUGCAGAGGUUCAAUUCUGAGUAGAUAUUUGAAGCCUUUCACCUGCAUGAAUGAUUAUAAUUGGACUGAACUAAAAA